AUGUUUAUGAUACAGAAGUACCUGAAGUACUACAGAAUUCCAACGACGACCAGGUUCCAGAGCAGUUUAUGACAUUAUUGCCAGAGAGUAGCUUUAAUUGCACUACUGCUAUGGAGCAAUUUGGUGUUCAGACAAAUUAUUUUGAGGAAGAAUUUAACUAA